UCAGAAGGAGCAACAGUGCAGUUAGCUUCACAUUUGUGUAUUAAAAAUGCCUCGCAAUUCUAAAAGAGCGUGUUCCGGUCCUCUCAACGACAGCCUGGAGAAACGAAUAAAGCGCAUUUCUAUCGAGGGGAACAUUGCUGCGGGAAAGUCCACAUUUGUGCGCUUACUGCAGCAAGAAGACAAAGAAUGGGAAGUGGUUCCCGAACCCAUCGCCAGAUGGUGCAACGUCCAAACAGAACACAGUGAAUUCGAGGAGCUGACCACAUCUCAGAAGACUGGGGGGAACCUACUGCAGAUGAUGUAUGAGAAGCCAGAGCGCUGGGCCUACACAUUCCAGAGCUAUGCAUGCAUGAGUCGUGUACGCGCCCAGAUGAACUCGGCCAACGGCAAACUGCGCCAAGCCGAGAACCCUGUGCAGUUUUUCGAGAGAUCCGUCUACAGCGACAGAUACAUAUUUGCAGCAAAUCUGUACGAGAGUGAGUGUGUGAAUGAGACUGAGUGGGCCAUUUAUCAGGAUUGGCACAGCUGGCUGCAUAAGCAGUUCGGCCAGCACAUUGGGCUGGACGGUAUCAUCUACCUGAGGGCCAAACCAGAGAUGUGUUUAGAGAGGUUGCACACGAGAGGCAGAGAGGAGGAGCAAGGGAUUCCGCUGGAGUAUCUUGAGAAACUGCACUACAAGCACGAGUGCUGGCUUCAGCACAAGACCAUGAGUAUGGACUUUGAUUAUCUGAGUGAAGUUCCAGUCCUCACUCUCGACGUCAACGACGACUUCAAAGACAAUAAAAAUAAGUGUGCUGACAUGAUUGAGAAGGUAAAAGAAUUUCUUAGCACUUUAUGAGACGGAAGCUGUGGGUCUGUGUCUGUGCAUGCAUGAGCUGUAUUAUGGAAUCCAAAAUUCCCUGUUUGUUUGUGUUUUUUUGUAUUUGUUUUUAUAUGAUUUUAAUGCUUGUUUUAUAUUUUAAUGCUUGUGAAUUUUUGUAAACUUUUUUGUACGCUUGUUUUUUUUAAUUAUUGAAAAAAUGAAAACAUAUUUGCAUAAAAUGUAGAUUAAGUAUUUAAAUGUGUGUUUUUUUGCUGUUUAAGGCCGGCAGAUAGCAUAAGAAGGUGCAAAUGAUUGGCGUGUCCGUUUUUCUUAAAUGACAGUCACCUGAGCCUCAUUAAGCGUUAAUUUGCUCCAGGUGGAAGUGUUUCUAUUUAUUAUGGUUUCUUUUUAUCAUGAUUUCUCCCCAUUAUCUUGGCAGUCUGCUUUUCUCUGUUUUCAAUCAGUGGUGCUAUUGGCCAGCAUGGCUUUUACACAGACAAGACAGUGUGACGGAGGGUGGCCAAAGCCCUGCAAUGGAUUGGCACCGUGUCCCAUUAUUAUUGCCUUGUGCAUUGCAUUAUUGCAUUGUCUUGCGUUCAGUGUUUCCUAUGUGUAAUUGUCAAUAAGUUGUGCUGUUAUCCAUUCUAGGGCAGGACAGAAUGCUAAAAUGCUUUAAAUUAGGGUUAACUGUAGGGUGAAGUUAGAACUAUGUUAAAGAGUAAAAUAUCUGUAUUUAUUACUUCAAAAAUCCUCAUCAACAAAAUUGGGAAACAAUCUGGGAAAACUGUUAAUACAGGAUUUAUUAGCCCUAAAUUUUUUUGGAAUGUGUUGCAGGCCUGAAAUGGAGAAAUUAGCACUGUCACCUCACAACAGAAAGGUUCUGGGUUUGAUCCCCUUUCUGUGUGGAGUUUGCAUGUUCUCCCCAUGACUGUGUGGGUAGCUCCGGUUGCCUCCCACAGUCCAAAGACAUGCAAGUGAGGUGAAUUAAAGAUACAAAAUUGUCCAUGACUGUUUGACAUUAACCUUGUGAACUGAUGAAUCGUGUGUACCCAGUAACUACCUGUCCUGUCAUGAAUGUAACCAAAGUGUAAAAACAUGACAUUAAAAUCCUAAUAAAUAAUAUAAUUAUUAUUUAAUAAAUGAAAUGAAGUUGAUCAGACAAAACAUGAAACAUAUUCUGAAAUAAAAGUCAAAACUAAAUGUAAGAAACACUUUUUAAAUGAGCAUUUCCAUAUAUGUAUAAAAGUCUACUAUUUCAUAAUUGAACACUGUAUUGUCCUGAUUAAAACUCUCACGUUGCUUUGGUUUCAUACUGCCAGGUACACACUGUUCCAUUCCGUCUGGCCAAGACAGAUAGUCAGUGAGUUCAAUAAGUGAAUAAUACCCAUAUUAUCCAGAA